AGCCAUACUGCCUCAGCAUAUAUAAGAAAUCCCUUCGAACAAGCGGCAAUGUUCCUUCGGUUGACGCGGAUAGGCGGCGGGCGCUGUAUCUUAUCAGAUUACGAGCGUGUAAUCACGGUGAUGACACGAGGGCGGCGUGUCAUCGUGCAUGGCUGCAGUGUACGCGUCGAGAAGGCGAGUAUCAAUAUACGGCCCGAGGGUGGCGACCUAUGGAAAGGCGGCAGGUGAAACGCAUACCUAAG